UGUCUGCUGCGCUGAGCACUGCUGCUUCUGCCUCUGGAUUAAUGUUUGUGAGCUGAGACAGGAUGAAAGUCAUUUUUUGCUUUGUUUUGCCCACAUAUUUCCUCCUUCUGUUUUUACUGUCAGGAGGCAUAUGUUCAGAUGCAGAGCACAAGCUCUUCUCUGUGAUAUUCUCCAGCUACAACCAGUACAUACGACCGGUGGAAAAUGUAUCUGAUCCAGUCAUUGUACAGUUUGAAGUGUCCAUGUCACAGCUGGUCAAAGUGGAUGAAGUCAAUCAGAUCAUGGAGACCAAUCUGUGGCUGAGACAUAUCUGGAAUGAUUACAAACUCAGAUGGAAUCCACAAGAUUUUGGAGGUGUCGAGUUUAUCCGAGUGCCAUCCAACAGGAUAUGGAAGCCAGACAUUGUGCUGUACAACAACGCAGUUGGAGAUUUCCAGGUUGAUGACAAAACCAAGGCCCUGCUUCGUUACAAUGGUGAUGUUACAUGGAUUCCUCCAGCCAUAUUCAAAAGCUCCUGCAAGAUUGAUGUCACUUACUUUCCCUUUGACUACCAAAACUGCACCAUGAAGUUUGGCUCCUGGACUUAUGACAAAGCAAAGAUUGAUCUGGUGCUUAUUGGCUCCACCAUUAACCUGAAGGACUUCUGGGAGAGCGGUGAAUGGAUGAUCAUCGACGCUCCUGGUUACAAACAUGACAUUAAGUACAACUGCUGUGAGGAGAUCUACACGGAUAUCACUUACUCUUUGUACAUUCGCCGUCUGCCACUUUUCUACACCAUCAACAUGAUCAUCCCUUGCCUCCUCAUCUCCUUCCUCACAGUGCUCGUCUUCUACCUGCCAUCUGAUUGUGGUGAGAAAGUCACUCUGUGUAUCUCCGUCCUGCUUUCUUUAACUGUCUUCCUCCUGGUCAUAACUGAGACCAUCCCCUCCACUUCACUGGUCAUCCCCCUGAUUGGCGAGUACCUCCUCUUCACCAUGAUCUUUGUGACUCUGUCCAUUGUCAUUACUGUUUUUGUGUUGAACGUCCACUACCGCACACCAAAAACGCACACAAUGCCCUGCUGGGUCCGGAGUGUGUUCCUGCAACUGCUGCCCAGGGUGAUGUUCAUGACCAGGCCAGACAGGGACCCUGAGAGGGUAACAGUCGCUGGCAGCGUUCGUAUGAUGCACUCAAGAGCCUGCACCAUUCAUCCAUCAGGUACUUUGCAGAAGCAGCAUAAACCUCAGGCCCUAGUUUCCAGUGUGGCAUCCAGCCUGAUGAACCGCCAGCAACUUUUCAAUAACACAGAGCUCUCCAACCUCAAUAACCUGAGUGGAGAACCAUCCAAGAGUGCAGGUUCUGGGGUUUUAUGCAGUGAGGGUCGCUGCAACUGUUAUUGGCGUCAGAGAUCCAGCAAACUGCCGGCAGCAGGAGGGAAUGGAGGACUGUGCAGCCUAGGGGAGCUGACUGGAGGUGGUGCUGUUGGGGCUGGAGGAGAGAGCCAGUGCUCCAGCUCUGAGUCUUUGGAUGGAGGAAUAAUAUCGUCUCUGUUGUCACUCUCCCCUGAGGUCAGGGACGCUAUUCAGAGUGUCACAUACAUAGCAGAGAACAUGAGGCUACAGAAUGAAGCAAAAGAGGUUCAGGAUGACUGGAAGUACGUUGCCAUGGUUAUCGACAGGAUUUUCUUGUGGGUAUUUGUCCUUGUGUGUAUCCUCGGAACAGCUGGCCUCUUCCUCCAGCCUCUAUUAGUCAGGGAGGACAUCUGAAUCAGUCUGACAAAACUAGUACUCCAGCCUGAUGAAGUGCACAGCAUAUAUUCCACAUAAGAAUCUUGCUAUGGUACAGAGAUGAAAGACUAUUCAGUGUGUGUCUGUGUGUGUUACAUAGAUAGAUGUUUCUUUGUUUCCUGGAAUAUGUAAUGACUCUCUGAUGCAGGAGUAAUACCUGGCAAGCAAUUACAAAAAGCAUGAUGACCAUCCAUUUGUGGUAAAUUUACUAAGAUUACAAAUUGUUUAUCAUUCAAUAUGGAUUUAUGUGGUUCUGAGAACCAAGCAAAGUUUACUGUGGUCAGAGUGACAUCAUGUGGUGAUGCUUUGUUAUUACAAGUGAAAUGAAUAUUUUCUGACUCUUUUAAA